CUCUGAAGCAGACUCCGGGACUCCCUCUUUCCUCAGAUACACAGAGCGUCUGACGUUAGCCGAAUAGUCUUUAAAUUCCUCCCUCACCCUCCCUCUGCUCCCAGAAACAGAUUGCUUUUCUUCCAGUGUUCCCCACUCCCUACUUCCUUGGUCUGCUGGAACGAAGUGGAGAAGAAUUCUUUGUACAGUAAAUGGAAGAGAAACUAACCUCCAGUCCAUUUUGAAACAAAAUCUUUCCAAGAACUUUCUUCAGAUUUUGCUGACUGAUUUAUAUGAUGAAGAGAGACCAUGUUUUUUGGACUUCUAUGUGCCUACUGCUUAGUGUUGCCUUUGAGCCUCUUCAUGCUGCGUCUGAGGAAGAGGAAGAUGCAAAUAUUACAGAUUCUGUGCUGCCACCACUGAAACUGAAAAAUUCAUUUUGUGCAUUGAAGGUAGAUGAUGGGCCAUGCAAAGCGAUGAUGAGGAGAUUUUUCUUCAAUAUUUUUACUCAACAGUGUGAAGAAUUUAUAUAUGGAGGAUGUGAAGGAAAUAAAAAUCGAUUUGAAAGUCUGGAAGAGUGUAAGGAAAAAUGUGUAGUCGGUUAUACAAAGAAUGUAAGGACAACAUUUCGAGCAGAAAAGCCAGAUUUCUGCUUCUUGGAAGAAGAUCCUGGAAUCUGCCGAGGUUACAUUACUAGGUAUUUUUAUAACAAUCAGUCAAAACAAUGUGAACGAUUCAAGUACGGCGGAUGCCUGGGCAAUCUAAACAACUUUGAAUCUUUGGAUGAAUGUAAGAACACCUGUGAGGAUACAUUGAAUGAGUUACAGGACAAUGACUACAAAAUCCAGCCGGAUGCAGUAAAUAACUCUUUGAUACCCCAACCUACGAAAGUUCCCAACCUUUCAGUGAAUCAGUUACAGGUGGAUGACUACAAGACCCAGCCGAACACUGUAAAUAACUCUUUGAUUACUAGACCUACCAAAAUUUCCAACUUUUGGGAAUAUCGUGGCCCUUCAUGGUGUCUCACCUCAGCAGACAGUGGAUUGUGUCAAGCCAGUGAGCUCAGAUUCUACUACAAUGCAGCCAUUGGGAAAUGUCGACCAUUCAAGUACACAGGCUGUGGGGGAAAUGAAAAUAAUUUUACUUCAAAAAGAGCAUGUAUUAAGGCAUGUAAAAGAGGUUUCAUCUACAGAAAGUCAAAAGAAGGAUUAAUUAAAACCAAAAGAAAAAGAAAGAAGCCAUCCGUGAAAAUAGUAUAUGAAAAAAUUAUCAAGAAGAUAUAAACUUGUUAUUUUAUUGCAUUAAUUCCACUAAAUAUUUUAUAUGCAAUGUUUUCACUAUAACUUCUAUUUUUUCCUUCACUUCAGAACUUUUUGAACAUAUUAAUAAUUCAUUUUCCAGGUUAUUGGUCCUACUAUUAAUACAUCAUCCUCAGAGUUCCUGUUCUAAUCUGGACACAGCACUUGUUCUUCAGCAAUAAUUUAUUAGCAAGCCACUGUGAAUUUCCUCUUUCUCUUGAUUCCUUUCUAUUUUCCAUUGGAUUACAAAUUUUCAUAGUACUGACUGCCAUGUGAAUAGGUUUUCUGCUUUCCGUUGGUGGUCUUCUUUUGGAGAGUAUUAUUUUCACUUGUUAUGAUCAGGUACAUUACUACAACCUUGAUAGUUCAUCAUCAGAUAAAGAAAUGCAGCUACUAAGGAUCAAGUCAUGUUUGUGCUUCAUAUCUGAAAUGAUAGCAAACACUUGAUUCUGAUAAACAAUACUCAGUUGUGCCUUAUGAAGAACAGAUUGUAAUAAAAUUUUGUCACACACUUCUCUUUCUAGACGUUUUCUCUUUUUUACUAAGCAAUACCUCCAACAACACUGAGCCAACCUUUUAAAACAUUUAAAUAAAGAAUUCCCACCUCUACAUAAUAUGCCUGUAUUUUCCCUGGUUUGACUUCUGUGUCUGUGAUAAUUAUUAUCAGGUUAAAUGGUUUAGAUUGCUACUAAACACAGCUCUUUGUAGGAACUAACCUAAUAGAAAUUUUGAUAAUCAUCAUGAUGAAUUUUAAUAUGUAAUACUAAUUUUUUUUUGUCUUUUUGAGGCAGGUUCUCCCCGUAGGCCCAGCUGACCUGGCACUCGCUAUGUAGACCAGGCCUGGUUCUCAUAGAGAGCCACCUGUGUCUACCUCCCGAGUCCUGGGACUAAAGAUGCGUGCCAUCAUGCCCAGCUUGUUUGACAAAUUUUUAUCUCUCCUAAAAUAACAAGAAUAUCAAAACCUCCUUAAACUUACUUUUUUAUGAGUUUUUAUACACACUGAAAUCAGCCAUUAGUAAUCAAAAAACAAAGUUACUUGGCUGGGGGGGGGUGCCUCAUGCCUUAAAUCCUAUCAUUUGGGAGGCAGAUGUGGGAUGUGGAUGGAUCUCUAUGAGAUUAAUGAUAACCUGUUCUACAUAGGAAGUUCCAAGCUUGCUGAGGCUACCUGGAAAACUUGUCUCAAAAUAACCCAAACAACAUCUCCCCUUUAAAAAGUUACUUCUGUGAGAAACAUCAACGAGGGAAAUUCUAGUAGACACGUGUACAAUAUCUGCCAAGAUUUUUCUUAAUUCUCUUCAUCCACUACUGAAUCUGUCCUUCUCUACUGAGCAUGUGCAGUCUGUCCACUCAAUAGAUUCACAGAUAUUUCAGCUUCUCUCAUGCUGAAAUUUCACAUUAAAAUCUGAGCUCAUCAUCUAGAAAUAAUGAACCACCUCAGCCAUUAGGUUUAGUUUCAUGUCUCCACUGUAACAACAGAAUUACAAUUUUACCUGCUGUUCUUGAUAGUUUAAAUCCAAUUUGGAUUUAUUUUUCCUCAUAUCCUAGCUUUAUCAAAUCAGUGUCCAAAUCCUUGUGCUUAGUUGCCCCUUAUUUCCUUCCAACACCUAGGCUUUUUGUUCCCUGCAUUCUGUCCCACGGAAUUAAUUACAUACAUAUUGAGUAUAUGUCUUCACCACGCAAAAUCUCAAAACUCACAAACUGGUUCUUAACUGUGUAUUCCCAACCCCCUUAAUAUUCAAUUUCAAUGAAUAUUGCUGGAUUUUCCCAGCAGUAUAUUUUUCAUAGCUGCUUCUGUUCAGUUAAGACUUACCACUGUUCACUGAAUUCAUUUUUAAUUACUCAGAUUAUUCACUGUUGUUUUCUGUUCAAAAAUCUCAUCCCUUUGGGUGCUUCUCCUGCAGAAAAAUUUUAGCUGGAGUAGCUUCAGAAUGGCAGUAUUUCAAGAUAGAAUAUGAAAAGUCUUAACAUGAAAUUACAAAUUAUUUCCAUACUGUGCUGUAAAUUUUAUCAUUAAAAAAUGAUGAUGCAAAUGUA